ACUCCGUGACGACUCCUCCUCUCCCAACUUCACGGUCUUCUCCUUCCGUCAAUUCGUCUCUUCUUUCUUUCACCGUCGCUAACUAACGCCGUCGCUUCCGCCGCCUAUAGCUAACCCUAACGACCCGUUAAUGGCGUCUUGUGAUGACGACUUUUCACUCCUAGGCGACGACCAGACUAACCCUAACCACCACCAUCACCAUCAUCACCAGGGGCUUCACGCCCCCCCGAGGCGGAUCGCCUUCUCCAAGCCUCCGAACCAGAUCCACGCGCCGCAGCAUCAGGGGAACGGCCAUGCCGAUGAUGACAACGACAUCGUCGUAGAGACUUCCGCUGCUUUUCACGGCGUGAAUCCCUUCUCCGCCGACGAGAGUUCGAAUCCGUACGAUAACAACGCAGCCGCCGAAGGAGAUCUCGAUGCGAACAGAUCCAGGGUCGGCGGUGUGCGCCUGGAGAAGCGGCAGAUCCAGGAGGAACUCAGCGACGGAGGAACAGGGAACGACGGCGAGACGACUCCGUACGGAAGCCUCAAGCGGCCGAGGACGUCCUCUUCCUCCGCCGGCGAGUACAGGAAGGACAGGGAGGAGUGGAGCGACGCCGCGAUCGCAUACUUGUUGGACGCUUACUCGGAGAAGUUCACGCAGCUCAACAGAGGGAAUCUGAGGGGAAGGGAUUGGGAGGAGGUUGCUGCGGCGGUGAGCGAGAGGUGCGAGAAGCAGAGCAAGAGCGUGGAACAGUGUAAGAACAAGAUCGAUAAUCUCAAGAAGAGGUAUAAGCAGGAGAGGCACAGGAUGAAUAACGUAGGGAUUUCAGCCAGUAGUCAUUGGCCUUGGUUCAAGCAAAUGGAGGAGAUUGUGGGCAAUUCCUUGUCCUCGAAAGGUGCAUCCGACGAUGAUCGAACCGUCAGCUCGUCGGGGAAUGCUGUUAAGCAGUCUCGAAGGCAUGCCCUCAUAACAUAUAGUCCUAGAGUUCUGAUAAAUCACGCCAAAUCCAAGUCAACGUCAAACCCUAGGUGGCGGAGAGUGGUUCUAAAAAUCAGUGGUUCUGCUCUUGCUUGCACUGGUUCACACAACAUCGAUCCUAAGAUGGUCAUGCUGAUUGCAAGGGAAGUUGCAACAGCAUGUAGCCUUGGUGUAGAGGUGGCAGUAGUUGUUGGGAGCCGGAACCUCUUUUGCGGCGACACAUGGAUAUCUUCUAAUGGUUUAGAUAGAACCACUGGUUAUCAUAUCAGUACGAUGGCGUCUGUAAUGAAUUCUAUAUUGCUUCAAUCAUCACUGGAGAAGAUGGGGAUUCAAGCCCGAUUACAAACUGCAUUCUCUGUUCAGGGGGUUGGAGAGAUUUACAAUCGUCAACGAGCCAUCAGGCAUCUAGAGAAGGGAAGAGUGGUAAUAUUUGGUGGCAUUGGUGCUUCACUUGGAAAUCCCCUCUUAUCAUCUGAUGCAGCUGCAGUCCUCCGUGCUAUAGAAAUCAAUGCGGAGGCAGUAGCCAAAGGAACCAAUGUUGACAGUGUGUAUGACUGCCAUUCCCGGGACAGCAAUGUGACGUUUGAGCACAUAGGUUUUCAAGAUUUGGCAUUGAGAGGAGGGGGGGUUGCAUCCAUGGAUGCCAUGGCUCUCAACUUCUGCCAAGAGAACAGCCUUCCAGUUGUGGUAUUCGAUUUUCUUGAGCCUGGGAACAUCUCAAAGGCGUUAUGCGGAGAGCAAGUGGGGACACUGAUCGACGGAAGCGGAAGAGUGGGAUGUAGAUCAGAUGGGAUGUCGGUUUAAUCAAAGAAAGGUAUGUUGUAUAACUACUACUAGUACUACCACUCGAGCUUGUUAGUAAUUCGUAUACGAGAAUAGGCCCAGAAGAAGAGUCUUUUAGUUUUGAGAUUAUCAAGUCUUAUAAUCAUCUGAGUAUUACUUAAAAUGUGUAAAUUCUGGUCUGAUCACAUGUAUGUAAUGCCCUGAAAUAUGGUUGAAUGCCCUGAUGAUGAUGUGAUGUAACAAUCGUCAUCUUGGGUUAAAAUUUAGGUGGUGGUGUCCCUUUGUAUUUUGCUUCUGCUGUCAUAGGGAAUGCUUUUUUUUAGUUCUU